AUACAGUUAUAUAUCAUAGGGUGCAUAGACUGUGGAAACAUAUUAGUUCGGCACACUGAAGGCAGUCACUGGAUCAACCUCAAGCCUGUAUUGGAGACUCUGCUAGACAGAGGACACAAUGUUACAGUGCUGGUAAACAGUGCUUCUCUGUACAUAGACCCCACGGAACACUCUCGCUUCAGCUACCAACCCUUCAAUGGCUCAGUCUCUGUGGAGGAUUGCCUUGAGGAGUUCAUACACUUUUCCAUGUACGAGAUGGACCACCUGUACUACUGGCAGAUCCACUGGAGACUUGAUGAACUCAUACAAAGACAAAUUCAGCUAAACAUGCAGAUUGUGGAUGGACUGUUAAAGUCAGAGAGCAUCAUGGAGAGACUGAGAGAGGCCAAGUAUGAACUUCUAUUAGCUGAUCCCAUUUGGCAUGGCAGUGAGCUGGUGGUAGAGAUGCUGGGACUUCCUCUGGUGUAACGUUUCUCUAUCGCCCACACCAGGGAGAGGCUCUGUGGGCAGCUUCCGGUACCAUUCUACGUCCCUAGUGCCAUGGUAAAAUGAAAGGACAAAAUGAAUUUUGCGAGACUGAUGAAUUUCCUGUUCUAUGCGUCGCAGGACAUGACAAUAUACAGUCUUUGGCGUGUUAUAGAUGACUCCUACAGUGAUGCUAUAGCAACAACAACUUGUGCGAUGAUAGGAAACCCUGAUCUGUGGCUGGUCCGUACAUACUGGGACUUUGAGUACCCCCGACUCCCAAACUUCAAAUUUGUUGGAGGAAUCCACUGCAAGACCGCCAAGCUCUUACCAGAGGCCCUGGAGGAGUUUGUGCAGAGCUCUGGAGAUCACGGCAUUGUUGUGGGGUCCAUGAUCAGGAACAUGACCACAGAGCUGGCGGAUAUGAUCGCCUCAGCCCUGGGACAGAUACCACAGAAGAUUCUGUGGAGGCACAGUGAGGAGAAGCCUGAGACUCUGGCUCCCAACACCAGAGUGUACAACAGGAUCCCACAGAAUGACCUGCUGGGUAGCUAUAGGCCACCCAAAACUAGAGCCUUGAUCACCCAUGGUGGAACCAAUUGAAUCUAUGAGGAUAUUUACAAUGGGGUACCCAUGGUGGUUAUUCCUAUGUUUGCUGACCAGCCAGACAAUAUGAUCCAUAUGAAGGCCAAGGGAGCUGCUGUCAUCAUGGACUUCCUGCAAACCUGGGACCUUGUGGAUGGACUCAAUGCUGUGAUCAAUAACCCAUCGUUUAGGGAGAACGCCAUGAGGCUGUCCAGAAUCCAUUAUGACAGACCACUCAGUCCUAAGGAUGAGGCAUUGUUCUGGCUGGAGUUCACUAUGAGAAACAGAGGGGAUAGGCUCCUGAGGUUCCAGGCCCACCAGCUCACCUGGUAUCAGUACCACAGCCUGGAUGUGCUGGCUCUGCUUCUGGCUGUAGUGCUGCUCCUAACCCUCCUCUUCAUCAAAACAGGCUUCUUCUGCAUCAGGAGUUGCUGUUAUGGAACCAAGUUUAAAAGCAAGGCAGAGUGACAGCUUCAGCCAUAUAAAUACAAUGAAUAGAAUGGACAUCUCUAUUCACGUCAUUUAUGGCAUAAUGGGUGGACUGGAAGCCUUUGAGUGUACAUGUAAGAGCAGGAAAUAAAAGCAGUAAGUAAAAACAUCAA